CGGAAGCGGAAGUACACCCGAAAGGCAGGCUGCGCGCGGCGUGUCGGGACCCGGAAGCACUCCCCGAGGCCCCGCCCCGCCUCCCAAUACCGCUGCCGGGGGACGCCGCGCUUCCUUUCUGCGCUCGCGCUCGUGGUGCCGGCAGCAAGCGCGCCCUCGCCAUGCAGAACGACGCCGGCGAGUUCGUGGACCUGUACGUGCCGCGGAAAUGCUCCGCCAGCAACCGCAUCAUCGGCGCCAAGGACCACGCGUCCAUCCAGAUGAACGUGGCCGAGGUCGACAAGGUGACGGGCAGGUUCAACGGCCAGUUCAAGACCUACGCGAUCUGCGGGGCCAUCCGCAGGAUGGGUGAGUCCGAUGACUCCAUCCUCCGGCUGGCCAAGGCCGACGGCAUCGUUUCCAAGAACUUCUGACGGAGGCGAUCACAGGAGCGGGGGGUUUGCCGUAAAUAAACAGUGAAACC